AGAUAGUGUUAGCCUGGUUUUGGGCAGAAGAAGUUCUGGCUAAACAAAGAAAUGGGACUUCAGUCAGCUGAACCGCACAAGGCUGCAAUAUCAUGGGGUUUGAAGAUCAAGAGAAAGACAAAAAUGGUGGCCCCUUGUUUGGGCAUGUUCAGACCCACCAUGGGCCAGUGUUGUCAUCAGUGCACUCCAGAGAGUCUCCGUAACAAACUUGAACAAAAUUCUUGGGAUGGUUUCCGCAACAUUUUGAGUAUCAAUGAGAAGCACACCAGGUUUCGAGGCUGGCUUGUCCGAAGGUUGUGCUGUGUUCUGUUUGUGAGUGGGUGCGAAGUUUUCCCAAGUCCCGCUACCGACCGAGUGGAGCGAGUCUAUCAGAGUAACAGAGUGAAGGAGGCGCUUGCUGCAGAGCCACAGGCAGAACAGGGGCAGAUCGGUUGCCUUCCAACUUUCCUCCCCCUCAUUAACACCUGCAUUUCCUCUGGCCUUACGCGAUUUGUGGGCUGGUUGUUUUUGAAGAUGCUUGCUUCUGUUUUCGGGAGUGUCCAAGUUAGCCCCAACCAUCUGCCGGCUUUACACAAAGCCUCACAAGAGGGAUGUCCACUGGUUUAUGUGUACGUGCGUCAGAGUGCUCUGGACUGCGCUCUCAUCUCGUUGGCCCUCUUCUGCCACAGCCUUAGAGUCCCAUACACAAUCUGUCCAGUGAAAAUAAACAAUAGUUUGCUCAGAAUGAUUCUUCAAAAAGUUGGAGUGGUUCUUCUGAAUGGUGACCUGACGGAGGAGGAGUUUGAGCGAAAUCCCCUGAGCUCAGCUGUGAUGAUCUCUCUGGUAUGUGAGCUGCUACAUGAGGGCCAAGCAGUCAGUGUUGCUGUGUCAGCUGAGCCUGGUCAGGGAGAGCAGUGGUUGGCUCGCAUCAGACAGCUCAUAAAAGAAGGAUCUGUCCCUGAUGUUAGCCUGGUCCCAGUGGGCAUCUCAUACAGCUGUGUGCCCCCAGCCGACCCACAGAUUGGCCUGAGCAGUGUGGUAAAGCGUUUGCUGUCUCUCCUCUGGACGAGGUCAUGGGGGAGUGUACGGAUUGACUUGGCGCAGCCUUUCUCUCUGAAGGAAAUGUGUGACUCUGGGAGGUGCAGAGUGGAUGACUGGCUCCCUCUACAGGACCUGUUGCUGCCCGUGAUCUUAAACAACAGAUCUGAAAGUGCAAACGGAUGUAGGAGGAUGUCAUGGCUUCUGCCUCGUCAUUAUGCAUCUGAACUUAAAGCACAUCACCAAGACGACCUCAGCGUUGCGAUCAUCCUUCACCUCCUUCACUCUGCCACUUCCUGUCAGUCCGUGAUGUCCACCAGCGUCGUGUCGAGCCUUUUGCUCCACAGACACCGUAAGGGUGUAAAGCUGUCUGUCUUGUGUCGUGAUCUAUCGUGGCUCACGGAGGAGCUCUUGUUUAGGAACAAAGACGUCGGCUUCGGGGGGACACUCUCGAGGGUGGUUCACUACUCUCUCAGUUUGCUCUCCCCACACCUCAUCAUGGCAGCAGCACCAUCCAGGAAAGACCCAUUGAUUCUGCCUCGUCCCUCUCCUGCAGCUGCUCACCAUCUCAGUCUCCAGGCGCAGACCGUCACUCACGCCUUUAUCCUGGAGGCUGUUGGGGCCUGUGCGGUGUCGGCCAUGUUGAGCGAAGUGGCCGUGAGCGGAGUGAGUAGCCGCGUGAGGAGUGACGGCGUGGAUGGGGCAGAGGUCAAAGGUGACAUGGAGUUUGACGUCGUUUUGUGCCAGACGGAGCUGACCAACAGAGCCCUGCAGCUGUGUCAUCUUCUGCCUCCAGGAUUCAUGCCACCCUGUCAGUCUUCCCACAGUUUUGCGCUGGAUGCAGUUGACAGUCUGGUGCGCUGCGGCAUAUUGAUCAUGGAACAGGUUCCCAAAGGUGUGCCCAUUUGUGAUGUGUGGAAAAGAGAAGGUACUUUCUCCUGGACCACCAGCGAUGACCCUUACAACAGUGACUCUGACUGUGAGGAGAUGGAGUCCCGCUCUUACAAGAUAACGCAGCCAAGUCAGUGUCCGGACCUGCUCUUCUUCCUCUGCAGUUUGUUGUCUGGGUAUUUGAGGUCUCUAUGCUGGGCCACUUCAUCUCUGGAGACCCUCCUCUCACCUCUGCCUGAGGCAGACUUUAAGACUCAAAUGCACUGUCAACUGUGCGACAUGGCAAGAAAGAAGAAAAUGCACUACGAGAGCUGCUCAGUGGAGGCUGUGCACACUGCACUCCGAACACUAAUAGACCUCGGGGUCCUUUUAGAGAAGCAGGAGAAAGAAGGCGUUUUCCUGAGUGUCAGCUCUUUGUUCCACUCAUCAGAAAACAGACAAAAACUGCACCGCUUCGUCUCCCAGUACCUCUACAAUUAUCACAUUUAA